CUCCCCUCCCCAGCUACUCCAGUUUCUUCACUAAGGGUCUGUGCAAAAUUGGGGAGGGGGAGUGGCGGCGGAGACAGAGAAAGGGGUAAAGGAGUGGUUUUUUUUUUUUUUAAGAUUUGCGCAUGCCAGGUGUAAGUCAGCUGAGGUCCCUCCUCCCCGAUUCACGAUUGUGUGUGUGUGUGUUUUUGAAAAAUUGGGAAUAGAUUUGCCAAUUGUGUAACUCCUCCCGAUCUGGUGAGUGGAAGGGAAGCGGUUUAUCUUCCUUAGGGCUAGGGAGGUUGCUGAAUAAGGCUCCGCUGCACUUGGGAGAGACCGCUGCACUUGGGAGAGACCGCAGUGAAGAGACCAGCUUGUAAAGUGAGCCCAGAGAGAAAGGCUGCUUUUCUUUCCUUCCUUUCCCCUCUGAUUCACUCCUUCUGUCUCUUCCACAACCCCAUCCAGUCAAGCCUUCCGACUUCCCCUCCUUUCCCAGACACCAAAUCAACAGGCACCCGGAGAGAUAGGGAGGAGGAGGAGGAGGAGGAGGAGGGGGUGGCACGGAGGGGUGAGAGCUAUGGAUAUUCUCUGCCCCCUGCUCCAAUUUCUGCUCGCUGUCUGGUGGACUGGUGUAGGGGCUCUGAUCAACUUGAAGUAUUCGGUGGAAGAAGAGCAAAGAGCUGGCACUGUGAUUGCAAACAUUGCCAGAGAUGCCCGAGACGCGGGAUUUGUGCUGGAUCCUCGCCAACCCACGGCUUUCCGAGUGGUGUCCAACUCGGCACCGCACCUGGUGGACAUCAACCCUGGAUCGGGGUUACUAGUGACUAAGCAGAAGAUUGACCGGGACUUACUUUGCAGACAAAGCCCCAAGUGUGUGAUCUCUUUAGAGGUCAUGUCGAGCUCCAUGGAGAUCUGCGUGAUCAAGCUGGAGAUCAAAGACCUCAAUGAUAACGCUCCCAGUUUUCCCACCGAUCAAAUUGCGCUGGAGAUCUCCGAGACAGCCAGCCCGGGGACCAGGGUACCACUUGAAAGUGCUUACGAUCCGGACUCGGGCAGCUUUGGGGUGCAGAGUUAUGAGAUCACCCCCAACGAUCUCUUUGGCUUGGAAACCAAAACCCGAGGGGAUGGUUCUCGCUUUGCCGAGCUGGUGGUGGAGAAGAGCCUGGACCGAGAGACCCAAUCUCAUUACAGUUAUAUGAUAACAGCUUUGGAUGGUGGUGACCCGCCCAACUUUGGAACGGUGGAGUUAACUAUCAGAGUCAUUGACUCCAAUGACAAUAACCCUCUCUUUGAAGAACCGUCUUACACCGUUAGUGUGCUGGAGAACGUUCCUCCAGGCACACCAGUGAUCCGCCUCAACGCCACUGACCCUGAUGAGGGCACCAAUGGGCAAGUCUUGUAUUCCAUCCACAGCUAUGUCUCUGAGAAGGCCAGGGACCUCUUCCAGAUCAACUCUCAGACAGGCCUGAUCACAGUCACUGGUGCGAUUGACUAUGAAGAAGGUCACGCCUAUGAACUGGAUGUACAGGCUAAAGAUCUGGGUCCCAACUCCAUCCCAGCACACUGCAAAGUGACCGUCACUAUACAGGAUGCCAAUGACAACCCCCCUCUCAUUAACUUGCUCUCUGUGAAUAGCGAGCUGGUAGAAGUCAGUGAGAACGCACCUCCAGGCUACGUCAUUGCCUUGGUGAGAGUUUCUGACAGGGAUGCUGGGGCUAAUGGCCGCGUGCAGUGUAAACUGUUGGGCAACGUACCCUUUCGCUUGCAGGAAUAUGAGAGUUUCUCCACCAUCCUUGUGGAUGGACGUUUAGACAGAGAGCAGAGGGACCAGUACAAUCUCACCAUCCAAGCGAAGGACAAUGGAAUCCCAUCUUUGCAGGCCACCAAGUCCUUUACCGUCAAGAUCACAGAUGAGAAUGAUAACCACCCUCACUUCUCCAAACCUUAUUACCAAGUCAUUGUGCAGGAGAACAAUACCCCUGGGGCCUACCUCCUUUCUGUUUCUGCCAGGGAUCCUGAUCUUGGUCUAAAUGGCAGUGUCUCCUAUCAGAUUGUCCCAUCCCAAGUAAGGGAUAUGCCUGUUUUCACCUAUGUCUCCAUCAAUCCCAACUCGGGGGACAUCUAUGCUUUGAGAUCCUUCAACCAUGAGCAGACCAAAUCCUUUGAGUUCAAGGUCUUGGCCAAAGAUGGAGGCAACCCUUCCUUGCAAAGCAAUGCCACCAUCCGAGUGAUUGUCCUGGACGUCAACGACAACACUCCAGUGAUAACAGCCCCUCCUUUAGUCAAUGGGACUGCAGAAGUCUAUAUCCCCAGGAAUGCUGGGGUUGGCUACUUGGUGACCGUGGUCAAGGCAGAUGACUACGACGAAGGGGAGAAUGGGAGACUUUCCUAUGAAAUGGCUGAAGGGGAUCGAGGUUUUUUUGAGAUUGACCAGGUCAAUGGUGAGAUAAGGACCACCAGAGCAUUCGGGGAAAAUUCCAAGACAACGUACGAGCUGAUUGUCGUGGCCCACGAUCACGGGAAAACAUCGCUUUCAGCAUCUGCCUUGAUUUUGAUAUAUCUUUCUCCGGCUCUGGAUGCCCAAGAAUCCAUAGGAUCUGUAAAUUUGUCCCUGAUUUUUAUUAUUGCUCUGGGUUCAAUUGCUGCCAUCCUGUUUGUGACCAUGAUCUUCGUAGCAGUCAAGUGUAAACGGGAUAACAAAGAAAUCAGGACUUACAACUGCAGAAUUGCAGAGUACUCCUACGGGCACCAAAAGAAAUCCUCCAAGAAGAAAAAAAUCAGCAAGAAUGACAUCCGCUUGGUGCCCCGGGAUGUAGAGGAGACGGACAAAAUGAACGUUGUCAGCUGCUCCUCCCUGACCUCCUCCCUCAACUACUUUGACUAUCACCAACAGACUCUGCCUCUGGGUUGCCGCCGAUCGGAAAGCACCUUUCUCAACGUGGAGAAUCAAAACAACCGGAACGCUGGCUCUAACCACAACUACCACCACACCUUCACGGGCCAGGGACCCCAGCAGCCGGAUCUCAUUAUCAAUGGGAUGCCUCUCCCAGAGACCGAAAACUACUCCUUUGAUUCCAACUAUGUGAACAGCAGAGCUCAUUUAAUAAAAAGCAGCUCAACCUUCAAAGAUUUGGAGGGGAACAGCUUGAAGGACAGCGGGCACGAAGAAAGUGACCAGACGGAUAGUGAACACGAUGCUCAGCGGGGCCUGUACUGUGACACAGCUGUUAAUGAUGUUUUGAAUACCAGUGUCACCUCCAUGGGGUCUCAGGUGCCUGAACAAGAUCAGAGUGAAGGAUUCCACUGUCGAGAAGAGUGUCGGAUCCUUGGCCAUUCUGACCGAUGCUGGAUGCCCCGGAAUCCUGCCCCCGCCCGGGCCAAAUCUCCUGAACAUGGAAGGAACGUCAUGUCCCUCUCUAUAGGAGCUUCCAGUGUGGAUACAGAGCUUUACGAAGACUCUAGCACAAAGAGAACUUUUGCAACUUUUGGCAAAGACAGGAGUGAACCCGUUUCUGAGGAACGGGGCCCAGUCACUGUCAAAGGUAAAAGGACAUUGGAUCCACCCAUCUGUAGCCCAAAGGUGAACGGGGCCGUCCGGGAGGCUGGGAAUGGUUGUGAAGCUAUCAGUCCCAUCACCUCGCCCGUCCAUUUGAAGAGUCCCUCGUCCAGCAAAGCGUUGGUGUCCUAUAGCAUAUUUCACUGCCCGUCCAGUCGCGACUUAGAGCCGUUUGUAACCAAUGGUCCCUCCAGGCCUAUGGAAGCAGAGCCGAGGGGCUUGGACAGUGAGACCACAGUGCAUGAAAUUAACCCUCUUCUACAAGAAUGUAGAGAGAAAGACUCACCCGGCGUGAAGAGGCUAAAGGAUAUUGUACUCUAAGCGGUCCCGCAGAUGGAACAAACCCAACGCAUCCGUCACCAAACACAAUUCACCAUUUUUAAGAGCUUACUGACAGUUCACCAGGCAAAAGUUGCUGUAUUUAGAAGCUUUCCUUCAAUGUAUUGUUUAUAAAAAUGAAGCAAUCGUUAAUGUGACAAUCUCAUAUGGUUCAUCAGGGGGCUAGUGAAGCAAAAUGAACACCAUUUUUAUUUUCCUUUCCCCCUAUUUCCUCUCUAGCCGGGUAAGUGACGUAGGGCCCUUUGGGUUGACGGAAGUAUUAUCCAUAAAGUGUUUGGAAUUCCCGGUGGGUUUUUUUUCCAGAUAAAGCAACCUUGGCAAGAAAUGGGUUGACAAUUGGGUCUCUGGCGAAUUUUGGGGGGAAAAGCCCUCCGAUUCUGUCUUAGGAGAUCUGUAAUGUGGUGCCCUUGAUUUAGAUGGGGGGCAGCUGUGUACUAGGAACUUGGUUGUACUUAUUCAGGACCUCUUGAUGUGGGCAAAGUGCCUCCCCCUCAUUAGGGUUCAGUGUGAAAACAAACAAACAAAACCAUUUGUAGUCGAUACCUAAUCCUAUGGAGCUCCUGAUCUGCCCUGUAUCUGGAGUGAAUUCAUAUUCUAAGAUGGUGCUCUUUUGCUAUGAAUCUCCCUUCGAUCUGGAGAGCUUUCUGCUACCCCAUGCUUCUCUGUACUAUUAUCGUAUUUGAUAUCGCAAAAUCCUGUGUGUCGAGUGUUGGGGGGGGGGAAAGGGCUUUUCAAGUUUUUGGGUUCUUUUUUUGUUGUUGUAAUUGUGGUUGUGGUUGUGUUCUAUGAACAACAAUCUAAGACUUGGGGAACCUGCAGAAAUUUAAGAGUCCCAGUUUCUGAUCAUUUAGCCAGGUGAAAAAACUGUGCAGUUUUUUCUUCUUCUUUUAUUUCUAUACCUUGUUUGCAAAAGAUGCAAAGUGCUGAGGUCAACUUCUUUCUUUCUUUUUUUCUUACAACCUCAAGGAAGGGUAUGAUGUUAUUUCUCCAAACUUUGAUUUCCAGGUGUUGACCUUGCCUAUACAUUACUCUUUUGGCUUAUCUAGAGACCAGUGAACUGAGCUUAGAGCUUAAUAAGUCAUUCCUGUAUACCAGUGGUUCCCAAUCUUUCUGGCACAGGGACUGGUGAAUUUUUCCACGGAUUGGGGGUGGUGGUGGUUUCAGUUUCAUUCACUCGCCUAUCACUCACCUCCAGCUGUGUAGCCCAGUUCCUAACAGGCCAUGGACCAGUACCGGUCCAUGGUCCAGGGGUUGUGGACCCCUGUUAUAUACUAUAAGGUAAGCAUUCAUUCCAUAAGCAUCCUAUCCUAAGUAAUGCACUAACUACGUGUAUUGUCUUGUUUGUAUGUAGUUUGGGUAGCCCAGUGGCCCAGAUCAUUGUACUUCAUGUUGGGCUAAAAUCUGCCUUGCGGUUUCUCAGAAGUGUUCUUUCCUUGCCAAAGACGCUUCUGUUUUUCUACCUUAACUCUCAGGGUGCUUGGGAAUUUCCCUUGGUGGUGAUUUGAUUCAGCUUUCUUGUGGAGAUGGUAGAGGAUGUUAUUGUUAGUACUGUUAUUUUCUUUUACACCUCCUUCCAUCUCUCUGAAGUCCGCCUGUUCCAACCAUACUUCCUAUUUGAAGAAACCCGGGAGAGGAUUUCUCUCCUGCCAGCUUCCCUUGAAAUUUAAGGUAAGUUAAGGUGUAAGAUACCUGAUAUGCUCUAAAGCAGGGGUCCCCAACCCCCAGUCUGUGGACCAGCACUGGGCCACGGCAGGCCAGCAACUGGUCCGCACAAACAAGCAAAGCCCCAUCCAUGGGAUGCAGGCAGCACACAAAACCACGCA